AGAGAGAGAGAGAGGAGGUGGGGGUUCUUGGAGACUGGUUAAAAUGGGAAGGAGUCCUUGUUGUUCAAAAGAUCAGAGCUUGAAUAGGGGAACAUGGACGGCUACUGAAGACAAAAUACUCAAAGAACACAUAAAAAUGCAUGGCGAAGGAAAAUGGAGAAACCUUCCCAAAAAAGCGGGGCUUAACAGAUGUGGGAAGAGUUGUCGGCUAAGGUGGUUGAAUUAUCUAAGACCUGGUAUUAAGCGAGGCAACAUAACCAAUGAUGAAGAAGAGCUUAUUAUCAGGCUUCACAAACUCUUGGGAAACAGAUGGUCUUUGAUAGCUGGGCGGCUUCCUGGACGAACAGACAAUGAGAUCAAGAAUUACUGGAACACCAAGAUUGGAAAGAAAGUACUCUUGGGUCACCCCAACCCCACCUCAAAACGUAGAUCAUCAUCAUCAAAUCAAGCACAAGAAAAGCCAAACCCCACCGAAGCGUCAGCUAUAGUCGAGCUACCAAAAGCAGAUACAGGCGCUUCGUGUACUGUGAUACGUACAAAGGCAACAAGGUGCACCAAAGUUACACUGAUGAGUACCUCGGGGCCACAGGAACCUCGUCAUCACCAUCAAGAGCAGCAGCUUAACAGCAAGCCAAUCGUCGUUGAAGGUCCCUCUAUAGUUCACGAUGAGAAUCACGACACAGUUGAUUUUUCAAAUUAUACUUUGGAAGAAAAUAAUCCGUCCAACUUCACAAUAGAUUGUGAGAUUGACAAAAGUUUCCUGUCAGAGUUUCUAAUCAACCCGGAUUUCUUGGAGAUGUCUUGUUUUGAAAAGACUAACAAUAAUAAGGGUGGUAGCAUCACUAACAUUACUACCUGCAAUAAAGACCAUUCUUCACCAACGUCUAUUGAUCAUGCCCUCUUGGUUUCUCAAGAAACAAAACUGCAUGGCUCGGAGGAUUGUCAACUUAUGGCUCCUCCGACUGAGGCUGAUCAGUACUUGGACUGGCUCUUUGUUUCUGAAGAUACAUUGCUUGGCUCCGAGGAAAAUUCUGAUGAUCAGUCUAACCCUACUUUGAGUGCUCCCAAAGAUCGAUGCUUCUAAUUGUACAUGAUUAGGAUGCAGUAAAUAUGUCGGAAUCUCCUAAAUCAGAGCAUGCAGAAGUUGUUGUGUGUCCAAAAUAAGUAAAUCCUUGUGCAUUGCACUCAAUUCCGGAAGUACUCCAACAAGGAUUAAGGAACUCAGUGGGAA